CCUUUUGACAUAGACAAGGUCAAAUUUGUCUUAAAUUUAUUAUAGAAAUUUAACUUUCGCCGCUUCUAUAAUUUUGCUUAUUUUAUAAUACUUUUAAUAUUGUAAAAUAGUAAAAAUGACUUUAAACAAAUUAAGUAUUGACGCCCUAAACCUGGGUGGUAAGAGAGUACUGAUGAGGGUGGAUUUCAAUGUACCACUAAAAGAAGGAGUAAUCACCAAUAAUCAGCGCAUUGUAGCUGCGUUGGAUUCCGUCAAAUAUGCUCUAGAUAAGGGUGCUAAAUCUGUAGUUCUUAUGUCACAUCUUGGACGACCCGAUGGACAAGUAAACUUGAAAUACACACUAAAACCCGUUGCUGAAGAACUUAAGAAACUCUUGAAUAGAGAUAUUACAUUCCUUCCUGAUUGUGUUGGAUCAGAAGUAGAAGCUGCCUGUGCUGAUCCCCCUGUAGGAUCAGUUAUACUUCUUGAAAAUCUCCGUUUCCAUAUUGAAGAAGAAGGAAAAGGUGUUGAUGCUAGUGGAGCUAAAGUAAAAGCUGAUGCUGAAAAAGUAAAGGCAUUUAGAGCAAGUCUUAGAAAACUUGGUGAUAUCUACAUAAAUGAUGCCUUUGGCACUGCACACAGAGCCCACAGCUCCAUGAUGGGAGAAGGCUUUGAGCAGAGAGCUAGUGGAUUUUUACUUAAAAAGGAACUUCAAUAUUUUGCCAAAGCACUUCAUGAACCAGAAAGGCCAUUCCUUGCCAUUCUUGGUGGUGCCAAAGUAGCAGAUAAAAUUUUGCUUAUUGAAAACUUGCUGGACAAAGUUAAUGAAAUGAUCAUAGGAGGUGGGAUGGCUUUCACUUUCCUUAAAGAAACCAAGGGCAUGGCUAUUGGAAAUUCGUUAUAUGAUGCAGAGGGGGCUAAAAUUGUAACAAAGCUGUUAGAGAAAGCAGCUAAAAACAAUGUUAAAGUUCACCUGCCGGUGGACUUUGUGACUGCUGACAAAUUUGGUGAAGAUGCUCAGGCUGGAUUAGCAGAUGUUGAAUCUGGUAUCCCUGAUGGCUGGCUCGGACUUGACGUUGGACCCAAGACUCAGGCACUAUUUGCUGAACCCAUUGCAAGAGCUAAAGUUAUUGUUUGGAAUGGACCCCCUGGUGUGUUCGAGUUCGAGAAGUUUGCGGGCGGCACCAAGGCUCUCAUGGACGCCGUAGUGAAGGCUACUGCUAAUGGAACCGUCACUAUUAUUGGUGGUGGCGAUACCGCUACCUGCUGCGCCAAGUGGGGCACAGAAGACAAAGUGUCCCAUGUGUCUACCGGCGGUGGAGCCUCCCUUGAACUGUUAGAAGGAAAGGUCCUUCCAGGUGUCGCAGCAUUAUCUGACGCCUAAUUAAUAUUAACCACUUACCUAAAGUGAACUAUUUAGAGUAGAUAUAAUGAUACUUCUUUUUGUUAAUAUUAUUUUAGUUCCUAAGAAACGUUUUGUUAAAUAAUAAAUGCUAAUUUAUGAAAAUCAAGCGUAUCCUUGACUAUAAUGAUUUUUAUUUGCUAUAUAGUAUUCUACUAAAUAAUUUACAAUUCAAAAAGAAGUAAUAUUAUAUUAUAUACUAGAAAUUAUUAGCAUACAUUGGAUCGAAUAAGUUUAAAUGUUAAACACUUAUAACUCAAUAUAUUGUGAAAUUAUGAUAAUUUUAAUUUAUAUUAUAAAAGUGGAAAAAUAAUGUCUUGUGAAAAGCGUAUUUAUUGAGUGUUAAGAAUAAAUGUUGAUUCAUAUA